AUGACCCUUGCCACUGCUAUGUUUUCAAAGUUGGAAGAUUGUUUAGUACUGCACACGCCGAAGCCGUUUAUGAAGCUAUCGGUUGCUAUUUUCCAAUCUGCCAGUAGCGUGCAGAUUUCUCGGCUCGGGAGAUCCUUCAAUGGAAAGUACAAUCUCCUAAAUUUCUUCACUGGAUCACCUGGAACCUCGAUCUUAGACCUCGUCACUUUGUGUGCUGAGUGGAGAAUCCCUGACAGGAAUGAGCGGGUGCCCGGGACUGAGAACGAUGCCCACUGCAUUACUUCAAGGAAGCGGUACGAAGCGGUGCUUGCCUUCGGUGGUUGUACAACAAAUGUAUAA